GGGAACCCUAACUUGGACAACCUUAAGUAUCGUAAAUCCCCUUCAGUGUGCAUAUCCCAUGUAUUCUAAUGCUCCAUCAUAACAUAACAUCAUCAUGAGCUCUGUUAAAGCUUCUCAGGCUGCUUUGGGCUCACUUGGGCUAAUGGCCAACUCGAUUCGAGCCACAACUAUUAGGAGGCCGCUCCGUUCUCUUUGCCAACAUGCCGAGAAGAGGGCCGCAUAUACCACCAAAACCUACCAUUCAGCCGUCAGUGCUGGUUUUCAAAAAGCUUCACGAAAAAGCAAGUUGGAUGAUAGACGUACCUUAUCAUCUAAUAACUCACGGUCUAUACGUUCAAUUGCGACCAAACCCCCACAAGCUGUAGCCCAAGGCGGAGCUUCGUACAGCACGGGCGCCACUGCGACUGGGGAACCUACUAUUCACGCCGUUUUUGAGACGAAGACAGGGACAUGGCAAUAUGUGGUCUCUGACCCAUCCACUUUGGCUGCUGUAAUCAUCGACCCAGUCUUGGAUUAUGACCCAGCUACUCAAGCCGUUACCACUUCCGCUGCCGAUUCACUGCUCUCGCUGGUCAAGGAAAAGGGAUACAAAGUCGACAGAAUCUUGGAGACUCACGCCCAUGCAGACCAUCUCACCGCAGCAUCUUAUCUCCAAAAUCGCCUUAUGCAGGAAUAUGGUCACAAGCCAUCGAUCGGCAUUGGCAAGCGCAUCGGACAGGUGCAGAAAUUAUUCGGUCAGAGAUACGCAGUUCCACCUGAUGAAUACAGUGUUGUUUUUGACACACUAUUUGAUGACGACGAGAAAUUCCACAUUGGAAAUCUGGUAGCGACAGCCAUGCACCUUCCCGGUCACACUCCAGACCAUUUAGGCUAUAAAAUAGGAGAUAAUGUAUUCUGUGGGGAUUCCUUAUUCCACGCAGAUAUCGGUACUGCGCGCUGUGACUUCCCUGGUGGAAGUGCACAAAGCCUCUUCAACUCCGGACGUAAGCUUCUUAGUUUGCCAGACCACGUGAAGAUCUGGACAGGUCAUGAUUAUCCACCGGAGGAUCGUGCAACCCCGAUACCUUGGCUAAGCGUGCAGGACCACAAGAGUCAGAACAAACAUUUGAGAGACGGAAUCACUGAGGAGGAGUUUGUGUCUCUGCGGCAGGAACGAGAUACGAAGUUGGCAGAGCCAAGAUUGCUCCACCAGUCACUCCAGAUAAAUAUCCGGGGAGGACAACUUCCGAAGCCAACUGAAGCCGGACAUCGGAUGCUUCACGUUCCGCUAAAGCUUAGAGAUGUUAAAUGGUAAAGAUGGCUGGUAUUUGCGAAAGAUGGCUCAAAGCCGUGACAGGAUGAUAUGAGCGCUCCAACGAGAACAUGGUCGCUAAGACGUAAUAUUGGAAAAAUAUGUGCAAGGUAUUCAGUUAUGUGUGCUGUGUGUACAUGCUAAUGCAAGCUCUUCAUUUUACACCCAAUGGACCAGAGUCACUAGGCAACCCCGAGUAAUCCGCCUUUUGUUUCUGCAGGUUCUAGUAGACAAGUCCCUGUUUGGGGAUAGUGAAAGCCAUUUUUCAGUUGGUUUCAAUUAACACAAAUCACCGAAUAGCGAAGAGGUGGUGGAGGUUGAUACAGCCGUCGAAAUGUAAACAUGGGGAAACCCUCAUGUGUACGGUAUGAUUCAAGGAGUCCUAAAUGAUGGGUCACGAAAGUGGGAAAAUAUUUACCUUGACUAUACGGUGCUAAUUAAUCAAUCAAUCAAUCAAUC